GAGUCGAGUCGAGUCGAGUCGAGUCGAGUCGAGUCGAGUCGGGUCGAGUCGAGUCGAGUCGAGUCGAGUCGUGAGUAAGUUUUAGAAACUGAAGAUUUAACAUGUAUUUGCUUUGGGUACCGGUCUAAUGGGAGGGCAUGGUGGAAAGUGGGGAGUGACAAUGACAAAGAAAGCCAGGUCCAGUCGAGAACCUCCAAACCAAUCCAUCUUCCCAGAGGUGGAGGAGCACGACGACCUUUGACGGCUGCUAUUUGGUUGGUGGUACCAGUUGGUAUUCUGUAGUUACUAUAUAGCUUGUUGUGUUGUUGGUUGGUUGCAAAAGAAAUCACAAAGAGUUCAAGAAAUCUCGAGGGCACCCCACGUCUCGCCAUUCAUUUUCGAGCAACAGCAAUCGAGAGGUUGAGUAUUCGACGGGGAGAUACCGUACACACAGCGAGGCUCGACUCCAAGAGAAAGGGACUUAGCCUGCCGUUUUCUGUGAAAGAGAAGUGCUGCCCUACCUCAGAUCUCAAAGCUUUCGGCGAUUCAAUCAUCAUGCCACCAACAACGAGACGUCGUCGAUCUUCCGAGUCGGACUCUACUAAUACUUCUAAGAAGAGGAGGACCGAGGAAAGCAAAGAAGAGGAUUGUCCCAUGAACAACAACAAGACUGAGGAACCACCACCAGAGCGAAACAGCGGAGAGAACGUCCAUUCUUUAUCCACCACCGAAAUGGGAUAUGUGCUCCUGUCAGAUUGUUCCAUUGCCAUAAUCUCUUCUUCCGAUGAAUCCACAACGUCGGCUCUCUCAAAUCAAUCUACAACAUGCACUUGGAUGGAUGUGUCGCCGACUUGUCUCCCAAAAGAGAACAUGGAAGACACUGGUACUUCCAUCGAUAUCAACAACAGCGACGACGUACCAUGCCCUCGUUGCAAUCUCAUUUUUCAUGAUUCCAACGACGGACAGCUAUCUCUCUGCACAUCCAACGUGGCACGCUUCCAAGCAACCUUGGCAGAUAUGGUUGUGCACCCCAAAGAAAGAGGCAAAUCUUGUACCAAGCAACGCUCCGAUGCAGCCUUGCUCUGUGGAGCCAUAUUGGCAGCACAGGACCAUGGCUAUGUCGCAAUCCAACAAAUCAAAGUGUUGGUGCACGGAAAACAACGACAAAAAGACGACAAUAAUCACAAGGCAUCUCUAUUGGUGACAUUUGCCUUUCCAUCCUUGACAGUGGAAGAGGAUUCUGAACCAGUUGCGAAAGGAAAUACCAGAAAGAGCUCCAGACAGCAACCAUCCAUUCGAUCCAUUGUACCACCAUCUCCCCAGGGCACCACCCGAACCAGCAACCUCAAGCCCCUACCAACGUCGGUUCAAUUCCUGCUCAGCAUCAUACGGAGUGACUGGGACUGCCUGGGUACUAGAAUGAAACAGCUAGAGAAUGGGUGGAGAGAAGAAAGCAGGAGCAGACCAUUCUUUCCACCGGCUCUAUCGAUGGAAGAGCUGUACACUCGAAUCCGCGGAAGCAACGACCGGGUACAAAUGGACAAUGGGGAUGAACCAAGCUUCAUCAGUCAGCAAUCCACAACACUCGCUGGCCAAAACGCAAAGCUCCUGACAAUGAUCCCCAUGGAUAUCCUCAAAACGCAGAUUGCGUCGUUUCUUCGUGCCAAAUCAUUAAACUCUCUUCGGUGUACCUGCAAAAGCUUGCAUCAGAGUCUACAGGCCGUUGUGCCGGGAUUCAAGCUGCGGCUGUUUCGACAUCAAAUCAAGAGUUUGCAAUGGAUGCGGCACCGUGAAGUACGGCCCAUCUCGGAAACCACGGGGCAAGAAAACUUGGAUGCGGGAAUUAUUACGUUGGGAGAAGAAGACGACAAUGAUCCCAUUCGAGCCAUGACGGGGGGACAGUCCGUGUGGUUGUGUCCACGACCAAAGGGCACUACAGAUCAUGAUAGUCGAAAACAGGGGGGGAUUCGAAUCGAUCAAAUGACGGGCCACGAACAGUCUCAGCCGGAUGCAUUAGCCAGACAGGGGGCUCGGGGUGGGCUCCUCUCAGACGAUCCUGGGCUUGGGAAGACCAUCACUCUCCUGGCGUUAUUCCUUCAGACAUUGGGACUCGAAACAGAAUGUGCCACGAAACAGGAGCACGGCCGUGGUGAUGACGAGUCGACCAAAAAACCCGUAGUUUCCGACCAAGACGAAAUGUUCGGAGCUUACUGGAAGGAGGACAUCACACCCGAGUUUCGGCGACCGGCUUUGUAUCGUCUCCUGGCAAGAUUCAAAAAGGUUGAUCCAGUAUCAGCGUGGUUCUUUCAACAUCCUAUCGAUCCAGAGAAUGACGAGUGCGAAGACUAUGCGGAUGUUAUCAAGGAACCCAUCUGUUUCGCUGACAUUACCAAGCGGAUUGCUUCUGGUGAUUAUGGAGCCGAUUUCGAUGCGUUUGUUUUGGACGUCGAACUAUGUUUCAAAAAUGCUAUGGAAUACAACCCGAAGGAUCACGAAGUCCACGAAGCAGCCCAGAAGUUUCUGGAUCUCUUUCGACAUCAGCUGAUCGUAGAGUUUAAGAAAGAACAACUUGGUUCAUUGCGGUCUUCCGCAUCAAACGCAGGGCUAAAACCCAAUUCAUCCGUCGCCGCACUUUUACAGAAGAAGGCGGGAUUGGAGUUCGAAAAGAAGCUCCUGCCAUCCUCUACCACACUGUUAGUCAUUCCUCCUGGGUUGAUGGAGCACUGGCAGGAGCAAAUUCGAAUGCACGUCGACCCCAACUACGCGACAAAGCUAAUUCCCUUGACCUACGAGUAUACCCCGAACCGGAAGUCAGCUCUCGGGUUGGAGGAAGCCCUACGACUAACUCAAAUUGACAAGACGCACUAUCCUUUCAUAUUUGUUGACAAAGCAGGAACUCAGAAGCUUCCAUCGCCCGAAUUUCUGGCAAUGUUCAAAAUUGUCAUCACGACGACGAGACGAUUCACCAACGAAUGGAAGAACGGGUCGUUCCAGGAAGAACUUGCCCAGAAGCGAUCCCAACAAGACGGACACGAUCGCGACGGUCGGUAUGUGAAGAACUAUCGGCUGAUGGAGUAUGGCUCUGCCGACGAAGAGGCUUGUCCGCUUUUGAAGAUAAAUUGGUUGAGAAUGGUUGUCGACGAAGGGCACGCAAUGGGGCGUGGAAAAGGCAACUCUGCAAUCAGCUUCGCAUCUUGGAUCUCAGCUCAACGUCGUUGGGCAAUGACAGGAACUCCUACUCAGCAGACAAUUUCCAAGAACGGGCUCAACAAUCUGAAUGGUUUGAUGACGUUCCUGCAGCAUGAUUUCUUCACGAGGAGGAAAGAAGGUGAUAAAGUUUGGAAACGCCUUAUCGCAAAAAGUUUCAAAGAUGGACACCUUGCGGCAUUCUAUCGCCUCAAGUCCCUCCUGACUCUGCUGAUGAUCAGACACACAAAACUCGACAUUGAAGAACUCCCGCAACCGGUCUACACAACAACAGUCGUGCCAAUGAGUCUUGAAGAGCUCACGACCUACAAUACACUUGUGUCUGCGGUGCAGAUCAAUUUGCAAGUAACGGCCAUGGAAGGGAAAAGUUCUGGAAAACAAGAUUCUCUCUUGCAUCGUUCCCAAGCUAAGCAUGCCCAGAGGGCCUUGGAAAACAUUCGCCGAGUCUGUUGCGGAGAGUCUCGGGUGUACCCAACUAUUACGGACGAACACUGGGUAGAGUUCAUCCAUUUAUGUCGAGACGAGCACAAGAUGUCACCAGAGACCAUUCAGAAAAUGGACGAAUAUGUGCAAAGGGCUACGUCAGAGCAGCUCUCGAGGUGUUACUGCUGCGGAAUAUUGCUGAGUAUGCAAUUGGUGAUGCCUUGUGGCUGUUUGCUAUGCACCGAGUGUAACGAUUCGUCUCGCCAUGCUUGUGCAAUGUGUGACAAACCGUACGAUGUCGAUGAAUUUCAGAUUCUGCAGCCUGGUUUCAUGUUCGAGUGGAAGCGAAGCGAAGAUUACGCUUAUGUUGGUGACAAGGCAUCAGGGCAGACGUCAGAAACAGCCACAGCCAGAGUAGUCCAGGAUGGUCCAGCCGCAGCGCAAGGUCCCGCGGUUCAGGGUGCCCCGGCCGUCAAUCAGCUCUUGCUUCGCCCCCCAGCGGAGCGUAGAAGAACUCGGAAACCAGGCGACGGGCAUGUGUGCGAAUACAGUCGCUCUUUUGAACCGGGGAAGUGUUUGUUGUGCUUUGAGGAGCACAGCCACUGCAAGCUUGUCAACAAGAGCUCAUGCUGCCAAACAUGCUUCCGUGAACCAAAAGAGUGCCCCACUACUGAAAGCAAGUCUUUCUACUUGAUAAACAAACUGUUGAAGCUAUACGAGGAUGAUCAAAAGCGAGACCAAGAUUUCAGGCCUUCCGCUUCCCAUGUCGUAAAUCGACGGAGAUUCAAGGUGAUUGUGUUCUCACAAUUUCGCCGAGUUCUUAACUUGGUGGGUAAUCAUCUUUUGAAAAGAUUUGGCACGGCCUGCAUUGGGGAGUACUGGGGCUCCACAAAAUCGCAAGAGCUCCACAAAUUCGUACACAGCAGCGAUUGUUUUGUGCUGCUCCUUUCCAAGGAUGGGUCAGAGGGUCUUGACUUGAGCUUCGUUACGCAUAUUUUCUUCCUUGAAGCCGUUUGGGACAAGUCGUUGGAGCAACAAGCUGUGGCUCGUGCAUGGCGCAUGGGGCGAGGCUCCAUUGGUCCCGUGGAAGUCGAAACCCUGCUGGCAAAAACGAGUGUGGAAGAAAAAAUGAAAAAGAUGGAGGAAGCCAGGGCUGCAGCAAAUUUGGGGGUUGCGAGUGGAACCGGGGCGCAGCGAGGCAAAAUUCAACUGCUACUGAAAUCACUCAACCUGCUUCCCGAUAUUGCGAAUGUGCCGCUGCCCCAUCCCGAUGACGUGAAAGCCAAGCAACGUUCCGAUUUGGCUGUCGCAAAUGUUUCAACCGAGUCUACAACAGCAACGAGUGCAUCGCUACAGGAAGACGAAAACCUUGAGGAACGACAACCAAAGAGAUUGAAAAGGCCUGCAAAGAAAGUUGCAUUCAAUAUGGGUUGAGCAACUAUCCAGGUGCACUGCAUUGCUGUUCGGAUGGUAUUACGCGACUGUAGCAGGAACUAAUAAGCUCUGACAAGUCGUGCCUAGCUAUGGUAGACGUUCCUGAUCUCCUGAAUCUGUUCCCAGGUCGCAUCCCGACCAUGUCUUACAACCAUGAAGCUGACUGCUAUCUUUGUUGUGUGUAUGCACGGGUCUUUCAGCAGAAGAAGCUGACUACAGAAGAAGCUUCCAAACCUGGCUUGCCGGCCUUUACUACCUCUACGAAAGCAUGAAUCGAACCGAAUCAGGACUUUCAAAGCAUUCGCAAUGGAGUAUCCGCUGUCUACGAGUGCGAAGGAUUUGAUUUCUCCAUGAUGAAGCGAAAAACCUGUCAGCGGACGUGCGAAGAGUUCUUUGCUUGCUGUCCAGUCAAGUUUCAACUGAGCACCUUCUUUCACUCCAGGGUCUUUUUGCAUUUGCUGCUUUCUCCCCGCACACAUGUCUUGCCUGAGGAAGGCUCCUCCAAAUGGGAUGCAUUUUUGAAGCUGAUAGAUUGGACGCCUUUAUCUACAUGUAGUUAGUACCCAAUCUGGAAACAGGCCAAAAAACGUAUCUCACUGCGGACCAUGGAGUGUUUGAUGAAGUGCCACGCCAAUGAACGGAGCUUUCGGCCUCAGCUAGCUGGCUUGAGGCUUUGCGGUGCCUGAUGCGCAAAGUUUUUUCUCAAGUCAAUAGAUUCACACAGAGGUAGUUACAACUGUCAGAGGGAACGAGGGAACUAUACAUACAUUGUCUGCUUCCAACCCAAGCAGCUCUCCGAAUUCUUCAUAACCUUCCGGUAGCUGUCUGCCUCCAAGAUCCGGAGCUACUGUAUAUUCCCCGGCUGCACCAACACUGUAGCCCAACAAAAAGGCAGACGACUUUUGACCACUCACGGCCAAGGCAAGACCUCGAGUGCUCCACCAAAACGAAUCACCAACAUCCAAGGUAAGACUUUGAGUGCUCUCCCGUCGUGGUGGCAAAAUGCAGGUUGGACGGGCAAGAGUCAAACGCAGCCAUUCCGCUUGACCUAACGAGCUGAAAUGCAGCAGCGCAUACUCCAUUGGAGCAAAUGACGUCCUUGGAACUGUAUGGAGGACUCAUUCUGAUUUCUGCCACAGUGUGAACUGUCGUGGCCAUCCCUCCAUCGAGGACUGCCUUGCGAUGACCAUGAAUUCCGGCUCUCCGUACGUGUGCUACUAUCUCAAAGGUUCCUUGGCUGCCAGGUUUUUGUACUCCCGUUGGAAGCUUUGCCUCACUAGUUGUUCCUGGAUCGCAGAAGAGGGAAAUCAUACUCAAGCAUGCCUACAAAUCCUGGUUGACGGUGGAAUCUUUGGUUGCCGGGUAGUUCGUUCAUGAACUUUUUCCAGCCGAGUAACGACGACUGUACCAGGUACUACUUUAUUUUGCAGGUUACAAGGGCCUCUUCUGUAUUGCCAGGCUCGGCAUCGAUGCUAGUUUCUCGGAUGGCUGCUGCUACUGCUGCUGCUGCUGUUCCACUGUGUUGAGAGUGGUGCAUGGUAGUGUAUCACAGUUUACAGAUGGUACAGCGGAAGAGGACCGAAAUCAACCUGAAGACCUGAAUCAUCGCAUUGGGCACCGUGGUUGACCAAGCUAGCUAGCAAGAGUUCCAAGCAAAAGUACUAGCUAGUCUAGUAGAUUGCUGCGCGGGCAGUAGUUUCUACUUACUGGUGGAGCUGUUUGGGUCUCAGUGGAUCUGGGAUCUGGGGGUCUACAGAGAUCUUUCAGCUGAUCUUUCCCAGUUCCCAGUGGAAACUUUGAUCGCGAGACACUUAAACCCUGAUCACAGCAAAUGUCAAUAGAAGCAUCCUUUUAAAAACAUUUAGAAAGUAAUAAGUGUUCAUGUUGCCAUCGCUCGUUCACCUAGUAAGCUUGACCUGCCAAGAGUGUUCAGAAAGGGUCAUUCCUGAAGUCAUCUACGCUGGGAACCGGGAAGCUACAUACGCAAGGCAGUGGACUGCCGUACAGUGCCGUACCACCAAACACUGUAGUACAU